GGGCGGCGGGCCGCCCUGCCUGGCUCUGCUGCUGCUCCGCCUCGCCCUCUACGCGGGCUGCGCCGCCGUGGCCGCCGCGCUGGGCACCCUGAUCGUCCUCAUGUGUCGCGACCGCCGCCGACUGCCGCCGCCGGACUUCGCCGCCGCCGCUCCGGUCCUGCGGAUCGCGGGGAGUAAUUGGUCUGGAAGCUCCCAUGAUUCAGUCCAAUCAAGGAGAGUGGUCAUUUCUCACAACAUGGAUAAAGCACUAAAAGAAGUGUUUGACUACAGCUACAGAGAUUACAUCCUGUCCUGGUAUGGGCAACUCAGCAGAGAUGAAGGGCAGCUGUACCAGCUGCUCUCGGAAGACUUCUGGGAGGUUGCCAAGCAGCUGCGACAGAGGCUGAGUCACAUUGAUGUAGUUAAAGUUGUCUGCAAUGAUGUAGUGAAAGCUUUACUCUCGCACUUCUGUGACCUUAAAGGAGCCAACGCCAGGCAGGAAGAUCCACCAAGACCUUUUUUGCUGCACCCAUGUUUGAGGAGCUCUGAUGAAGAAGUAAGAUUCCUGCAAAAAUGUUCUCAAAUUCUGGUGUGUUGUCUCCUACCCUCAAAGGAUGUCCAGUCUGUCAGCUUGCGCAUAGUCCUUGCAGAAAUACUUGCAACAAAAGUACUGAAACCAGUGGUGGAACUGCUGAGUGAUCCGGAUUAUAUUAACCGAAUGCUGCUCAGCCAGCUGGAGUACAGAGAACAGAUGAAUGAGCAUCAGAAGAAAGACUACACAUAUGCUCCUUCUUAUGAGGAGUUCAUCAAGCUCAUUAACAGCAGCUCCGAUGUUGAGUUCCUGAAACAACUGAGGUAUCAGAUUGUAGUGGAAAUAGUUCAGGCAACCACAAUCAGCAAUAUUCCCCAAGUGAAGAGGCAGAAAGAUUCAAAAGGAAAAGAAACUGCAGCAAUGAAAGCUGACCUACUGAGGGCUCGCAACGUGAAGAGAUAUAUUAAUCAGCUGACGGUGGCAAAGAAGCAGUGUGAGAAAAGAAUAAGGCUCCUGGGAGGGCCUGCUUAUGAUCAGCAGGAAGAUGGCGUUUCUGACGAAGGCGAUGGCCCUCAGAGUCAGAAGAUUCUUCAGUUUGAAGAAAUUCUGGCCAACCCUUCCUACCGAGAGCACUUCCGAAUCUACAUGGAGAGGAUGGACAAGAUGGCUUUGAUUGGUCUUUGGGAGUCUGUGGAGUAUCUGAAGAGCGCUAACAAGGCUGAAAUACCUCAACUGGUGAGCGAAAUUUAUCAGAAUUUUUUUGUGGAAAGCAGAGAAAUACCCGUGGAAAAAUCCCUCUAUAAAGAAAUACAGCAAAGUCUCGUGGGAAAUAAAGGCAUUGAAGUAUUCUACAGAAUUCAGGCCGAUGUUUACGAAACUCUAAAGGACAGAUACUACCCCUCGUUCAUCGUCAGUGAUUUGUAUGAGAGGUCGGUCAAGAAGGAAGAGGAAAGAAGUUCUGCGCAGCUGAUUCCUGAGGACAAAGAUGAAGUGAGCCAAGGUUGUGAAGAAGCUACUGAAGAAUGCAGCACAAGAAUUAAUGAACAGGCCAGUUAUGCUGUAAAUAAACUUCGCCAGCUAAAUGACAAGCUUGAGUAUAAGAAACAGGCUCUAAAUUCCAUAUGUAAUUCACCAAAACCCGACAAAAAGAUUGUUUCGAAGCUGAAAGAUGAAAUUACUCUGAUGGAGAGGGAGCAUAACGACCUUCAGCUGCACAUUGCAAGAACAGACUGGUGGUGUGAGAAUCUUGGCAUGUGGAAAGCCUUAAUUGUCUCAGGCGAGGUUUUAGAAGAGAAUGGAGAACAAGUGCCCUGUUACUCUGUCAUGGUGAGUUUACAAGAAGUUGGCGGAGCCGAAACCAAGAACUGGACUGUUCCCAGGAAGCUCAGUGAGUUUCAGAACCUGCACCGGAAACUCAGUGAGUGUUUUCCCUCGUUAAAGAAAGUUCAGUUGCCUUCCCUCAGCAAGCUGCCCUUCAAAUCCAUAGACCAGAAAUUCAUGGAGAAAUCCAAGAACCAGCUUAAUAACUUUCUGCAGAAAUUGCUCUCUGAUGAAAGACUCUGCCAGAGUGAAGCACUUUACGCCUUCUUGAGCCCUUCCCCAGAGCACCUCAAAGUUAUUGAUGUGCAAGGAAAGAAGUCGUCUUUUUCACUCUCCUCAUUUCUGGAACGACUUCCUGGUGAUUUGUUUUCUCAUCAGGAGGAAGAAACAGAAGAGGACAGUGACCUGUCGGACUACGGAGAGGAGGUGGAUGGGAAAAGGGACUCUCUUGCUGAACCAUGUUUCAUGCUGAUUGGAGAGAUCUUUGAGCUGCGAGGAAUGUUCAAGUGGGUCAGAAAAACGUUAAUUGCACUAGUACAAGUCACUUUUGGAAGAACUAUCAACAAGCAAAUCCGUGACACUGUGCACUGGAUGUUCAGUGAAGCGAUGCUUGUUUACUACAUCGGUGUGUUUCGGGAUGCUUUUUGGCCGAAUGGGAAGCUGGCACCGCCCCCGAGAGCCAAGAGCGAUGAACAAAAGCAGGAGACGAAACAGAGAGCACAGCAAAAACUACUUGAAAACAUUCCAGAUACUCUGCAGAGUCUUGUUGGACAGCAAAACGCCCGGCACGGUGUGGUGAAAGUGUUCAACGCGCUGCAGGAGAGAAAGGCAAACAAGCAUCUGCUCUACGUUUUGCUGGAACUGCUGCUAACGGAACUGUGUCCCGAGCUGAGAGCUCAUUUAGAGCAGCUUAAUGCCACUUAGGUUUGAAUCUGCACAAUUUGGACCACUAGAGAAAUGUCUAUGUCCGAUAAUAGACAUGAAACUUAUUUCCUCUUUUCCAUAGAGGGCUGAGGACUAUGAUUAUUUUUAGCGUUUUUCUUUCCUCCUGAGUUUUCUUUUUUUUUUUUUUUUUUAAGUAAACAGACUUGAAAAGAUCUGAUGCUGUAGUAGGGUAGACAAAACGAUGCUGUAUAGUUGCCAAUUUUUAUUUAAAUUGUUCUAUUUGACUACUCUUCUGUUUCAAAUAUAGAUUGAAAAAUAAAUGUUCAUAUAAGCUGAAAGAAACCAGAAAAUAUUUUAAACAUUUAUGAAAAGAAAUUUUGCUUAUAGUGGUAACCUAAUGAAUGUUGUACAGUUCUAAUCUCCUCGCUGAGGAUUCCAGC